GUUGUUGAAAUUUGCAUUGAUAAAAUUGAUAGAGGCCCUUAGAUUUAAUUGUGAAAUAAAGCAGGUUCAAUAUGUUCCUUCAGGUGGUAAUUAUUAUCCGAGAGGCAUGCAUGUCAAUCUGUACCGAAGGCGGACAGUGGCGCGAUAUUGGUUGGUGUGCGCCAGUAUUCGCUCGUCCAAUGCAUUUACGAGUGUGGAUUUCGCAAUGCAUCUUCGAUCAGUGAACUGAGAUGAGAAACGAAUAGGGUGUGGUAUGCCAUACAUCGCAUCCACCUCACUAAAUGUUUCGGGAGUUCUAGCAGUAGGGACGUUCUAAGCAGAUUACUUUCCUCCUCUCUCUCUCUAUCGCUCACUUCGAAGCUGAUCUAGCCGGGAUGCUAAGGGAUCAAUUUUUGCAUUUAUUUUCGGAAGCCUUGAUGAAAUAUUGAUCGGAUGCCAACUGUCUCGCCAUUUCCUUCAAUUCAUCUUCCACGGAGAAAGAAUUUAUUAUUUAACAUCAAGUGAAAUUAACUUGGAUUCUUUAAUAUGUCAUGUGGGUUUUAACUGGUGGUGUUGACAUGAUUGAAUUAUCCCGUCUCUCUCACUUGCCGUCUCACCAUUGUGAUUGAACCUGUGCAAGAAAAUUUACAGGUUUCCCUUAUUUUUACAGUGUUAACAAAGUACUCUGAGAGAUUUCAGGAGUGUUGUCACGUCUUAGUCAUCACGGAACUGUUGCUUUAUACAAACAAUGGCAUAUAGAUCUGUGCACUUGUUGCUGGUGGUGGGGAUAUGUGGUAACGUACUUCUGGAAUCUUCAGUAGCCCAACCAACCACCCCAAUUCCAACUGAUGUAAGGGUCAAGCUAUGUGGACUAUUUUCCAUUCAUUUUCGUGUAGACAUUGAUGACAUGAGUUGGACGGAAGGUCCAGCCCGUGAGCGUUGUGAUGGUUACCAUAUGCUUUCCUACCUUCGUGCUCGGGCAAUGACUUAUGCCAUUGAUGAGAUCAACCACAAUACUGACAUCUUGAGACACAUCCACCUGGACUAUGACAUUAGGGAUAUCUGCAACUGGAAGAGUUCUGCACUUCGUGCUGCUUCUCAAUGCCUUGGCUUGGAGUACGACGAGGAAGCGAUCACCCUCAAUUCAGAUCCAGCCAUAACCAACCAAUCUGCCUUGCUCUUUGUUGGACCCGAUACGUCAGAAAGUGCAGAAACGGUGGCUGACUACGCUCAGAACUUUGGUGUCCCCAUAAUCAGCUAUUCUGCUACCAGCGCCUUGCUCAGUGAUCGGACCAAGUACAGGACGUUCUUCAGAACUGUGCCUUCGGACAUUCAUCAAGCAGCUGCUGUUGCUGAACUCAUCGCGAGUUUUGGAUGGAACUGGGUAGGACUCAUCGCCCUGGAUAAUAGCUACGGAAGGUCCAUUGCAGUGGAUUUUCGUGCCAGAGCUGCUAGACUUGGUUUAUGUAUCGCUCUGGAUCUGUUGGUCUCUCGAGAAGUUGACGAUGAAGGUAUGCAAAGACUCGUGGAUGCGAUCGAACAGAAUCCAGUAUUAGAGGUGAUGGUAGCUUUCACCUAUACCAAAACUCUUACAUCAAUCUUGGAAAAGGCCGAGAUACGACUUCCGGGUAAAAGUGAGUAUAUGUUGAAGAUUCACGCUUCCACAAUUAUGAACACUUAUAUGCCUAUAGAUUAUGUGGUAUAGGUUGAUUGAAGAAGAUCCAUUAAACUACUAUCCUCUCCAAUAAUAUACAAAAUGAUUGACAAGAUACAGAGGUGCGAUGAAAUAAGGUAAGCUUUACUUUUUAUGCGGGUGUGCGCGUGUAUUGUGUUUUUACAAAGCAAACAUGUGUGUGAACGCGUGUGUGCGUGCGUGUGACGAUGAUGGUGUGUGUAUAGCUUGAUGUAAAAUGGGAUGUAAUAAUAAUACAUGUAUGUUGAUUUCUGUUUUC